GUCACAGCUGUCAUUGUGGCAGCAGGCGGCCUGUGUGAGCGUCAUCGGCUUCAUCAAGCGUUUAUAUCUCAUUUAUAUCUACAGUAAAGCAACUAAUUAAUAGUUAUUAAUAUUAAACCACUCAUCUACAGCGUGCUGAAACAAUGGCCGACCCAAAGUACGCGAAUCUGCCGGGCAUCGCCUCCAACGAGCCUGAUGUCUACGAGACGAGUGACCUGCCGGAGGAUGAUCAGGCGCAGUUUGAGUCUGAGGAGCUGUGCAGUGACAGUGUGGAGCGCAUCGUCGUCAAUCCCAACGCAGCUUACGACAAGUUUAAAGACAAACACGUCAGCGCUAAAGGUUUGGAUUUCUCGGACCGCAUCAGUAAGAAUCGGCGAGUGGGCUAUGAGUCUGGAGACUUUGAGCUGUUAGCUGAAGGCUGCGGCGUAAAGGAAACUCCUCAGCAGAAAUAUCAGCGGCUGGUUAAUGAGAUCCACGAGCUCUGUCAGGAUGUGGAGAAAAUUCAGACAAGCACUAAAGAGAGUGGUGCGGAGGAGCGUCUGACACCAGUGGCUCUGGCUCAGCAGGCGGCGCAACUCAAGCAGCAGCUGGUUUCUGCUCAUCUGGACUCUCUGCUCGGACCCGACGCUCACAUCAACCUCACCGACCCCGAUGGAGCACUUGCUAAGCGGUUGUUGACGCAGCUGGAGGUGGCGCGGGGCGUCCGGAGCAGAGCGGGAGCAGAUGGGAAAACCGCAGCACCCAAAGGCCCAGACGGAGUGAUUCUCUAUGAGCUCCACAGUCGACCCGAGCAGGAGAAGUUCACUGAAUCUGCAAAGGUGGCAGAGCUGGAAAGACGUCUGGCGGAGCUGGAGACAGCGGUGGGGUCUGGGUCAGACAAACGGGGGCCGCUCAGCUCCGGGGUUCAGGGCUCCAGUCUGACGGAGACUCUGGAGCUGCUGCAGGCGCGGGUCAGUGCUCUAGACGCCGCCACACUGGACCAAGUGGAGGCCAGACUACAGAGUGUUUUGGGGAAGAUGAAUGAAAUCGCGAAACACAAGGCAGCGAUGGAGGACGCAGAGACUCAGAGUAAAGUCUCUCAGCUGUAUGAUGUGGUGCAGAAGUGGGAUGCGAUGGCCACUUCUCUCCCGCAGGUGGUGCAGAGACUCACCGCAGUCCGAGAGCUGCACGAGCAGGCGAUGCAGUUCGGGCAGCUCCUGACUCACCUGGACACAACACAGCAGAUGAUCAACAACUCGCUGAAGGACAACGGCACACUCCUGACACAGGUCCAGCAGACCAUGAAGGAGAAUCUGCUGGCUGUAGAGGAAAACUUCUCAGCACUGGACCAGAGGAUGAAGAAACUCAACAAGUAGACGCUCCUUCUGCUCCUUUCUGUUUUUCUCUUCCACUAAAGCAGACGAAGGUGGAGACCAAACCACAGCUCCACCCUUUAUCAUUCACACAGACUCUGAAACUCACGUCUGAAUCUGAAAAUAAUGAAGACCCGAAGUUCUGCAGCAGAGAGAGUGUUUCCGCAUCUCCAUCGUGAGUCACACGGACUGCAAUGUGUAAAUAUACAGGCGCUCACAUGCGUUUUACUUCGUUUGUGUCUCGUUUCUAGUCCAAAUAUCUACAAAUUCUGAAAUCAAGAAGCAUUUACUAGACUAGUAGCACGUAUUCUCCUGUUUUCAGAAAUAAUGAGAAUUAAAUGAGCUUAUCCUUAAAAAAGGCUGAAUGAUCUGCUAAUGGAGUAAACUAAAUAAUCUUCUUGUUUUUCUGACCUCAUUGGCAGAUUAUUUUGCUUGUUUUAAGGAAAUACCCACCUAAUUUUGUCUCAUUAUUUCUGAAAACGAGAGAAUAUGUGUUACUAGUCUAGAAAAUGCUUCUUGAUUUAGGAGUGUUUAGAUAUUUGGACUAGAAAUGAGACACAAGCUCUAGGUAAAGCUUUUCUGCAGUGUAUUGUACUGAUCUUGUUCUCAUGUAACCGUUAUUGUAUUAUUAAUGUGGUCUUCAGUCCACAAAUGAUGCCCAUUUUCAAUAUAGGAUUUCAAACGCUUCUCUGGAUAAUAAAAAGCUUCCAGAAA